UGCUAAGCUGCGUGUUACUUUAACACCAGUCGGUGUUUUGGAAGUGUUGGACAUGAAUCUGUUCAGCUAGUUCAUUAGGUUUUAAUCAAUUUAUUAGAUAAUACAACGUUCAUUGUGUAACCCUAAGACUGACUGCUAUAUUUGGAGAGAUUACGAGUUCUAAAUUUGCGAACGGAACGAAGACUCAGAGACAGGACCCAAAAGCUAACUAUAAUAUACAGUGAUCCAAGCGACUUUCAAGCUCUUUACUUAUGUUUUUAUACCAUAGAGUGGAUCAUGGUGGAUGUUCCCUUACUAACUCAUAUAUCUGAAACUACAGACUGCAGCUCAUCUUCCUGCCAGGCAUCAUCUGCUUCAGACGAUUCUGUUCCUGAAGGCUAUUUAAUCUUGACAUUCGAUAAAAAGAAGAAAGCUGUUUUAAAAACCGCUGUGUUUGCAGAUGUUUCGGAUCCUAGAUUUGCAGAUGAUUAUGAAGAUGAUGAUGAAGAUGAAAGUAAUGAUAACUGUUGGCCACUUCAUGAGUCCAAGUUAGCUGUUCACCAGCAGGAAAAUGAUGGCGUACUUGAAAAUGAAGUUACUGAUGCCAAAGGUUUUUUGUCAAAACCUCUUGUUAUUUCUACGGAUGCAGCUGACAAAACUUCCUCUUCAUCUUAUACUUCAUGUUACGGCGAAGCCUUUUGGGUUGGUGAAGAUGAGCUAAACGUAAAACAAAAUACUACAAGUUCUUGGGAUCUAUCGCCUGGUAACAAAGUAUCUCAAAGUUUAAUACGUACUAGUCCUUUGACGUGUGAUACUCAUUCAGUAACUCCGACUUCAACUUUACAGUCAUCUACUGAAAGCUGGUCUUUGAGCACACCUCAGUCAACAAUAACUCGACUAACCGGCACUUUCCCUUAUCGCAAAGCUACAUAUCCCAUUAAUCAUCUUGCCAGAAAAUACAACCAUAACACGUUUUCAUCUCACUUCCAGCCUAAAUGGCCUAGAGCAUUUAAUGUCCAUUUAGGUGAUCAUUCCAAAAAGAUGCUCAGGUGUGACCAAUGUGGCAAAUAUUACCGUAAUGAUUAUAGCCUACAUCAUCAUAUUUGCUUAAAGCGCAAAGAUGUGUGGAAGAAAGGUGAUGUGCCGUCUGAAAUGAUUGAUGGUCAAGUUAUGUAUUUUUGUCCCAGUUGCCGUAAGCCUUUUAAAUGGCUUGGUAACCUUACACGACAUUUCUAUGUGCAUACAGGUCAAAGAUUCUUUCGGUGUGAUAUUUGUUCUAAAGAAUUUUUCUCUGCUUACCAAGUUAAAAGACAUAUGAAUUCACAUACAGGUGUCCGUUUCAAAUGUGAAGUAUGUGACAAACCUUUUACAUGUAAAUACGCCUGUGCUUGGCAUACUAGACAACAUUAUGCUUAUUCAUUAAAAUAAUAAAUUUUAAGAAUUUCUCUCUGAUUCUUCCAAAUGAAUUUUUAGCAACGAAUAUAUACAUACCUACACUUUGCUUUUUUACGUUUCAAUGAAAGAUAUUCAAGCAUACACCUUGCACAAUGAUUUAUUUUUUUACUAAUAAAAUUUCAAUAUUAGCCAAUGUUUUUAAUAUCUUUCUUGUAUUCAAUAUAUAUUAUAUCACAUUAAUAAUUCACGUGCCUUAAGUUACGCUACAUAAUGCUCGCCACCAGCGUCUUGGAUAUUUUGAUAACUUGUGAGUAUAUUUAUUGAUAAUAUACACUUACAUCACACUUUCUAAUCAACUGAGAGAUUGCUCAAUUCCCUCAUGGUGUGUUUGUUACAUCUCACUGAUAUUUAAUUAAAACAGUAUUCUUUUAUAUUAUAAUUUUGCCUCUUAUAAUAAUUAUCAACUGUGGCGGGUAAUAAAUACAAAUACUGUGCUGUGACAAAGAAAACCUGUUUGCACCUCUUACUAGCCAUUAUAAUAAACACAAUCGUUGAGUAUUUCUUUGUUUUUGUAACUAUUUUUUUAUAUACAUGUUUACACUGUUUUUGAUAGAGUAUCGUAUUAUGCAACAAAAAAAAGUGAACAAACAAACAAUCUGACAUAGGUGACCCCUCGUCAACAUCUGUUCUUCCAAAUAUUCCUAUCUUCUCUAUCAUUAUGACCUACUUUGGAAUCUGUUGUGCCUUGCUUUAUUCGGUUACAGUAGAUGUUUGCCUCUUUGUAUGCACUUGGUUUUUAUAUAUAUUGCCUUUUUUCCUAAUUAUUAUUAUUACCAUUUAUUAUUAACAAUCUAAAUUCAAGAAUUUUUUUGUAGAAAUUGGUGAUUAUUUUUUGCUUGGUUUCUUAUUGUUAUUCUAACAAUUUUAAUGAAAAUAAAGUUUUUUUUUAAAAAAAAGGAAGUGCACUCGUAACUGGUUUAUGUGUAGUUAACAUGUUUUAUCUUGUUGUCUUCUUUCUAUCCAUCAAACUAACAUUUUGAAUAUAAGUUGGUUAUGUAUA